UACGUCACUUCAUUUUACCACACUGCGUUUACAAUGUGGCUAUCUGGAAGUUUAGACCUGUAGUUCAGACAUAUGGAGAGCCGGACAGACCGUUCUCAUGUUCGCGGCCCAUGGGGCCAGACGGUGCUAACCACUGCUCCACCGGAGCAGGGGGAUAGAAACGGAGCCGUCAGCCUCUCUGUCGGCCCCCUCCAGCUCUGACAGGCUGCUUCUCCCCCUGCUGCAGGCUCCCAGCAGGGCGGGCGGGCGUCUUCGUCCUGAAGAUGACCUUCCCCCUGUAGCUGUCUGCUCUGCUGCCCGUCCCGGUGGUGCUUUCAUGGCGUGCCCGGUCCAGUUCCUCUGUCGGGGACUUCGCACGGUCGGACUGGUCCUUCUGUACUACGUCUUCUCGAUAGGCAUCACAUUUUACAACAAAUGGCUCAUGAAGGGUUUCCAUUACCCCCUCUUCAUGACCUUGGUCCACGUGGUCAUGAUCUUCAGCCUGUCGGCGGUGACGCGCUGGCUCCUGCAGUGCUGGACGGGGAAGCCUCGCGUCGUCCUCAGCUGGACGCUCUACUUCAGGAAGGUGGCCCCGACCGCCUUGGCCACCGCUCUGGAUAUUGGACUUUCCAACUGGAGCCUGCUCUUCAUCACGAUCAGCCUGUACACCAUGACCAAGUCCACAGCAGUGCUGUUCAUCCUCUUCUUCUCUCUGCUCUUUAAACUGGAGGAGCCGAACCCCUUCCUGAUCCUGGUGGUCCCGCUGAUCUCCGGCGGCCUCUUCAUGUUCACCUUCGAGUCGACGCAGUUCAACCUGGAGGGCUUCGUCAUGGUGCUGGUGGCCUCCUUCAUCGGGGGGAUCCGCUGGACCCUCACGCAGGUCCUCAUGCAGAAGGCGGAGCUGGGCCUCCACAACCCCAUCGACGCCAUGUACCACCUGCAGCCCCUCAUGUUCCUGGGCCUGCUGCCUCUCUUCCUGUUCAACGAGGGCCUGAGCCUCAGCACCUCGGAGAAGCUGUUCCGGGUCUCGGAGCUGGCUCCUCUCCUCUACUCGCUCUCCGUUCUGAGCGUCGGGGGGAUUCUGGCCUUCGGUCUGGGCUUCUCAGAGUUCCUGCUGGUCUCCCGGACCUCCAGCCUCACCUUAUCCAUAUCGGGGAUCUUUAAGGAGAUUUGCACCCUGCUCCUGGCUGCCUGGCUCAUGGGAGACAAGAUGAGCGCCCUGAACUGGCUGGGCUUCGUGGUCUGUCUGAGCGGGAUUUCACUGCACGUGGGACUCAAGGCGUACUACUCCAAAAACAAAGCUCCGUCUUUACGGCCGCUGAGCAGUAAGAGCCCCGAGCUGGAGCUGCCUCUGCUGCGGCACGGCGCCGAGAGAGGCGAGGACUCGGCCGCCGACGAAGAGGAGGAGCAGGAGAUCGUCCUGCACUGACGGGCCGGGACCGGGCCGGGACCAGGCCGGACCGGGACUCUCCACUGCAGCACAAGCUGCUGGAUUCAGGGAGGACUGGGUCUGCCUUCAGGAAGCUUCCAGAUGUAGCAGGAACAUGUGAGGCUCAACACGUUCCAGCGUUAAGAAGCACACACACACACACACACACACACACACACACACACACACACACACACACACACACACACACACACACACACACAC